AUGGGGGAAGGAAGAGAUGCCAGCUGUCGAUGUCUGUUUGUUAAAAGAACAAGCCCUAGCUUCUGGGGGUCGCUGCUACCACCUCAGCUGCCCCGCAGAGGGGGAGCGCGUGGGUCCUUUGCCCCUCCCGGCCACAGCCCACGCACGGGGGCCUCACCACCCCCGGUGUCUGAGCUCAAUCGCUGGGACGCUUGGCUCCUCCGCAAGGCGCAUAAGACAGCUUUCCUCUCCUGGUUCCGAAAUGGACUUCUGGCAUCAGGCAUUGGGGUCAUCUUCUUCAUGCAGAGUGACAUGGGCCGAGAAGCUGCCUAUGGCUUCUUCCUGCUGGGUGGCCUGUGCGUGGUGUGGGGUGGAGCCUCCUAUGCAGUGGGCCUGGCAGCACUGCGGGGACCUAUGCAGCUGUCUCUUGCCGGUGCUGCCGCUGGUGUGGAGGCAGUGUUGGCUGCCAGUCUGCUCUGGGCUUGCGCUGUAGGCCUCUACAUGGGACAGUUGGAAAUGGACGUGGAAUUGGUGCCUGAUGAUGAUGGGGCAGCCUCUACGGAAGGCCCAGAUGAAGCAGGACGGCCACCACCCGAGUAAACAGCAGGGCUGUGGGGAAUGGCUGGGUCAAGAACUGGGACAUUAAACCUGACCCUUCAGCAGUUUGAGACUCUGAGUGAUGGCUCCUGUUAUCUGGGGAGGCCGGGAGGGGAGAGGCGGAUGAAGGUGUCCAAGGAAGAGGCGAGAUGGCUCAUUGCAUAGAGACAUUUGCUCCCAAGCCUGACAACCUG